AUGGGUCGAGAUCCAGAUUAUCGGACCUUCGAACAAUGUAGCCUGAAAUGGAAUCUUAUGAACAAACUCGUGAGUCGAGACACACAGGAAUUUGUCAAAAGAAGCAUUAGGUGGAGAGAACUUGCAAUAAAUGAAGAAAUUGCUAAUCCACCAAAAAGAUGCCGGAAAUUUUCAUAUUCGAGCUCACAACAAGUCUCAUUGGAUGGUCAUGUAGGCAUUAAUCUUAAUGAUGAUAAUGACGACAUCAAAGAAAUACGCCCGCCUCCUCCUCCAAUGGGAAGAGACAAAACAAAAGCUUGA